CCUUGGAGCUCUCCAUCCUUUCCUUACUCCUCAGUCUUCUUGUCAGUGGUAAUCUUAUCAAACCAUGAUAUCUCUGUAUGACCCGACCACAGAUUCCCUCUUUGCAGUCAGUGCAAGGAGACAUUUACCUCCAGAGCAUGUUCCACCUCUUCUGUGGGGAAAUGCCAAGGAUGUAGGUGGUGAUUUGCUCUCAAGGAGAGCACUUUCUUGCUGAGGUUAGAAAGGAAAAUUGGCUCUCUGGUCAAGAGGUGCCCUGUCCUCAUUUCCAUUGCCUGUGGAGCUUGUUCCAAGGCAGAGACAGCAGCUGCUGCCAGGAAAGAGGAUCCCAGCCUCUGUCCCCAAUGUCAAAAGCAGUUUAAGGAUGUAAUCUACAGGAGGGGAAUCCUGAGCUCCAUUCAGGGCCACAGACAGCAGAAGUGUCCACUCAUUAAAUAUCUUAAUUUAUUGGUACAACAGAGUAUCUCCAGGACUGGUGGACAGUGAUCACCCCUGAGGUGGGGGACAGCCCUGGUGCACCACUGAGCUGCUUUCUAAAGUAAUUCAGGAAGGAAAAAGAUGCAGACGUUCACUUGUGACUAGUUUUGACCAAAUAUUUUAAAAGUCCUAAGAAAAAAAUUCUGCCUGAUAAUAAUUUUCCUACUUUUUUGAGGCCAAACUGCUCAGGACCUGGUGAUAUAAUUAUUGUCAUUUUGGUGGUCUGUGUGCAUGGCAGGGAGGCAGGGGGACCUUGGGGCUGCCCUUCAUCUGUUGGCUGUGCCACUGCCUCCACACGAGGUCAGCAAAGCUAUUGCAAGCCUAAUAUUUCAGGGAUUCUUCUGGACUACAGUUAGUGCCUCCCUGAUUCAAUGUCCCAUUGUAGUUCAGCACAGAAUAACACAAUUAUUUGGAUCAGUUUGGAAAGUCACCCUUUGAAUUGUCAGGCUAGAAGAAUAGGCUGAAGGCAAAUGUUCCUGACUUGGAGGUAUUGGGGGUAUUGUACCAGGGAAUGAGGCCACAGUACCUCCGUGCCAUUAGUGUCCAUUUUCAGGAUGAUUUGUAACUAACAAUGGCUUAUUGUACUUUUCUUGGGUCUGUGUCCUAAAGUAAACGUUCUUUAGGUUUAUAUAACCUUUUUGCCAUUUUCUGCUCAGGUGUUUUUGCAGAACAUGCUGUUUUACUCUUGUUUAAGUGUUACUUGGUUAUCCUCAGGGAUAAGACCUGAAUAAUGUUUUUUUCUUGUGGACUUUGGCAGCCUUUCACUUGGACUGUGCUCUGACUGCUGGCUUUUGCAAGCCUUUGCUGUAAAGCUGUCAGGAGCCAACUCGAUGGCACUAUCUUGGCACAGCCAAAGCCUCCUCUGUGGAUCUCAUUGUCUGGUGACACCAAAGGCAAACAAGAAUUCAAGGAGGCACAAAGUUGAGAUCCAGUCAGAGCCAUCCAAGACAGCAGCCAAAGGGGUUAGAGGACAGAGGUUUCCAUGCAGGAUUCACCAGUAGGUUUCUUGUAAAAGUACAUAAUGGAAUAAAUCACUAAAACUGGACCAGGAAAUGGGAAAAGCCUGACAUUGGAGUUUAAAUAUCUCCCGGGCUCAGGGGGUGUUUUAUGAAGCAAUAUAGCUAUAAAAAUAGGGCAGCCUUCUCAGGGACAGGGUGGUUUUCUGUGCCUUGGAGUUGUUUUUCAGCUGUUCCACGGUUACUUACUGAAUGUGUGUUACUUAGAUGAUUUCUUUCUGCUUUGUAUUGGAAAUGGCCUCAAAUUGCAUCAGGGGAGCUUUAGAUCAGAUGUUAGGAAAAAUUUAUUCAUGGAAAGGGUUGUCAAGCACUGCAAGAGGCUGCUCAGGGAGUGGUUGAGUCACUGACCCUAGAGAGAUUUAAAAUAUGUAUAGAUGUGAUGCUUCAGGACAUGGUUCAGUGGUGGCCUUGGCAAUGGUAAUGUUUGGACUUGAUGAUCUUAAGGGUCUUUUCCAACCUACACAAUUCUAUGAUGAGGAGCUAACGAUCAGGCAAGGACAAGGACAUUCAAGUGGGAACAUUGAAUUUUUGUGGCUUAGCAGAGAGGUAGAACAAUACCAGGUUUCAAGUGCCACUGAGACUUGAGAGGUGGUUUCAAGGCACAGCAGACGGAGCUGGGUGUUUGCUUGGGCACAGGCAGAGGGAUGGCUGGAGAGAUGGAUGGGUGGAUGGAUGCUACUGUGGUGGGAAACAGCAAGAGGUGACAGAAUAGUUAAAGUUGGAAGUGGAAGGGACCACUGGAGGGGAUCUGGUCCAUCUUCCCCAGCUGAGAAAUCCCCAGUCACCUUAGGAGCUCAGUGCUUGCCAAGCUGCAAACAGCAGCCAUCUCUGUGUGGGUGACAGAUGCUUUAGUGCUGCUCAGCCUGCUGCUCCAUCCCUGCUCAGGUGCAUGAUGCUGCAGAGCCCUGGGGCUUUCUUACUCACCUUGAGCUGCCUGAGCAGCUUCAAAAUAGUCAGGUCUGUCUCAAAAAACAUUCCACAGUCAUGCUGGGAAAGCUUGGUUUUUAACCUGGAAAGAGGCGCUGAAAGGAUCAGAUGCAAGCACGGACUUAGCCCUGCGUUGGUGAACUCUUAUUUUUGCACUCUUGCCGUGAAGAGAAGCUGCCUUAUAUCCUCAGUCAAGGAUGAAGUGAAGGAAAAAAACUACUUUGCAGUGCCUGCUAUGGCUGCAGCAUGAGGCAUCUCAAAUGUAGUGCUGAAAUGCAGCUGGUGCCACUCCAGACAGCGCCUGGCAGCCGCAGCCCUCGGCUCUGGGGAGCAGGGAUGGAGCUGCCAAGGCUGGACCAACUUUGACGUGUUUCACACUGAUGACGAUCCAGCCUCAGGAUUUGUGACCUGUAAAUGUACCAAGACGUAUCACAGAGGCAAUGUUUUAAAAAUAUAAAUGUCCUCUCUCUUUCCUUGUUUGUCUGACUUAUCUUUAUAGCGUUAUCAAUGUUUUCUGAGUCUACAGUCAUUUUUCUUGCAACACAAAGAGGGGGAAGAAUGAGGCGAAUCAUUUAAAUUUUGAUUGAUAAGUGGAAUGUAGAAAACAAUACUUAGUCUUUUCAUAUUGAGCUGGGAUUUUUUUAAACCUUUUAUCAGCACUCACACAUCUGCAGCUUGAAAAAAAAAAAACCCACAACUUUUCCUUGAGCGUGGCUGUACCUAAACUUCAUUCAAACCCGUUAUCUAAAAAUCUGUGCCUUUCAAAAUUAUGUCUGCUGAUAAUUUGCCUUGGUUUAGCUAUUUUUUCAUAUGCUGCAUUUGUUAGUGAGGCAUGUGGAUGGGCUCAGACACUCUGUCACUCUCUUGAGGGAUGCUAGAGAGUGACAAGGCUCAUCCCACUGAUUUUUAAAUAUUCAUUUCAGAAGAAUAUUUAAAUUAUUUUUAAAGCAUUUUUAUAACCAUAUGUUCCUCAAAAAAAAAAAACGAAACCCAGAAAUAAUUAUUCAAACUCAUUGUAUCAAUUGCAUCAUCCUAUUUAACUGAGGAUUGGCAAAGAAAAUAGUUUGGGAACUUAAAAAAUUUCUUUGGACCUCUGUGUUUAAAGAAAUAUAUAGCCCUGGUAUGCACCCAUUUCAUCCAUCAAUGUGUUCACACUCAGACAUGUUCAUUCUCUUGUUGUAAUUUAAUGUUUGAUACAGUUUUAUUUGAUUCUUUGCCAUGCCCUGGGCUCUGCUUGCAUGCUCUCCGCGGAUCAGCGAGUAGAGAGGCAGAAAGCAGAGAGCAGCAGUGGAAGGAGCCUGUCUCCAGCUGGCAGACAUCCACACAGCCCAGGAGAGGUUUCCAGAUUUUCACCAGCUGAGAGAAUAUGGGGCACUCAGGGCCUGGGGAGCAGCAGCCAUCCCAGUGACUAAGAAGGAAGGCAAAUGAAGAAGCAGCCUGAACUCCCAUUGCUCUCUGUGGCAGCAUCCCAAACAGAGUCAGCCGGAUGCUGAGCAGGCAGCGCAGGAUUGGAUGCAGCCCUGGAGGGAGCAUCUCGUGAGCAGAGUGGGAGCAGGCAGCCUGCAGACUCCAGACACCUCCACCAUGACCACGGCAGGGCUUUUGGUGCUCGUCUCCUUCGCGCUUUGCUGCGCCCCAGAUACUGCCUUUGGGAUUGAGGUGGACUGCAGUACAUACCCCAACACCACAAACGAGGAGGGCAAGGAGGUGCCGGUCUGCAGUGACGCCGUCAGCCCCAUCUGCGGUUCCGACAGCGUCACCUACAGCCACGAGUGCCUGCUCUGUGCCUACAAUGCAGAAUAUGGAACCAAUGUCAGCAAAGACCACGAUGGAGAAUGCAAGGAAGAAGCUCCUGUGGAUUGCAGCAGGUACCCCAACACAACCAGUGAGGAGGGCAAAGCGGUGCUGCUGUGCAGCAAAGACGUCAGCCCCGUCUGCGGGACCGACUGGGUCACCUACGACAACGAGUGCCUGCUCUGUGCCCGCAGCCUAGAGGCUGGAAGCAGUGUUGGCAAGAAGAAUGACGGUGAAUGUAAGAAGGAAAUUGUCACAGUUGACUGCAGUGAAUACCCCAAACCUGUCUGCUCACUUGACUACAUGCCUGUCUGUGGCUCUGACAACACAACAUACAACAAUAAGUGUAACUUCUGCAACGCAGCCGUGGACAGCAAUGGGACUAUCACUUUAAGCCAUUUUGGAAAAUGCUGAGUAUCAGUGCCGAGAGAAUUCACCACAGGAUCCCCACUGGCAAAUCCCAGCUGAAGAUCUCACCUCAGUUCAUCUCACCCUCUGGGGAACUCAGCUCACUCCUGAUUUUCUUCCUCAAUAAACUAAAUCAGCAAC